AUGGAAGGGAGGGUUAAGGAGCAUGUUGUGGUAGUAGGUGAAAAAAUGAAGGAUGAAAGCAUGGAAAUGAACAGGGAAAAUGAUGAUGACAGAACAAAGCUACAACACAAGAAAACCCUUGGAGCAACUCUAGAAAGCUUCAAUCGCCAUAGCUUAUUGAUCAAGUUCAAA